CAUGCAUUUAUGAAUAGUUUGAUGACGCUAAAAUACAUUCCUUAUUUUUAAACAAAAAUGCAUCUGAUUGAUUCACUACAAACACAGACUCACACACAGACACACACUCACACACACACGUAAAUCAAUUACCACAUUAAAACUUGGUGAUUGGAGUUGUGUUCUGUUUUCCAGUUUCUUCAGAAAAAACCAUUUUUAAGUGUAGAGCACCUUUUAAUGGAUUUAUUUUUAAGUGAUUUUACGCCACAAACAGAAUGUUGAAAAUUUUGGCAUUCCUAAUUAAACCAUUUACCAGCGACUGUGAGCAUCAAGUAUGCCCUCAACACUCUCAUUGUUUGAAAACAUUGGAUGGAAAUUUCACAUGUGUCUGUAAUUAUUUCUUUGCACCUGCCGAUCUUGACCCAAAAGUUCCACUUGAAUGUCGUUUCAGUUAUGUCAGCUUAACACUGACUCUAGUCUUCACACAAUUGAGUCUAACCUGUAUUACAUGGAUAAUAGUCGCAAUAUGGAAAGCAUGUCAACAGAGAGGUCAGUAUGAAGGUGUUCAAUACAAAGAAUCCCGACAGGAAUUGCAACAAUCAAGAUCACCUUCUGUGAACAGUCGAGAAUCGAUCAGAAGUUCAUCAACGAGACGAUGAGAGUAGGGGAAUACAAACUCACCAGUAAUUAAUACUGCCAAACAAUAGUAAACUAUUUCCUAUACCAACCAAUCAACCGAAUCCUUACAAACCAAGACUUGAAAACUAUUUUCUGUUACAAAUCAACAUCUUUUCGGUUUUAUUAAAUCGGCUUUAUCAAUAACUUGUAUCAGAUAGGACUUAUGGAAAUAAAAAUUUCACAGAAAUACAGUUGAUGUUAUCCAACAUUAAAGUCUAAUGGUGUUUCUUUUGUAUUGCCUUCACACAUAUGUUUCUACCAUCCAUUUUCCGCGCGAUGC